AUGGAAGUCCCAAUUAAGCAAGAAAGUCCCAUCAGCGACAUCGACAAGAAGAAGUCUCCAAACUUAACCGAGGAGCAGAAGAAAGCCCACCACAUUGCCUCCGAGCAAAAAAGACGAGAAAACAUCCGUGCCGAGUUUGACCGCAUCGUCCUGCUCACGCCGACUUUGACCGAGCAGGAAAACCGUUCGGAACUCAGCAUCUUGACCAAGUCUGCUGAUUACAUCGACCAGUUGAAGGACGAAAACAAGCAGUUGUUGGAGUUGUGCCGCCUUAAAGGCAUCCCUGUGCCCGAUGAGCUAAUAUACAAGGGCCCUGGUGUCGCCCACGAUCUAUCGUUCACUUUGACUAUGGACGACCACGAAAGGGUGGCCAGCGGGCCCCAGUUCAUGGAUCUGAGAGAUCUUCCGUUGGACAUGAUGAUGAUUCUUAAGAAGCUUGAGGAAGACUUCUUCGUCAACAAGACCAUUGACCAAUGGACCUACAUCAACAGGAGAGAGGAGAUCAUGAAGCAGGUCAAUAAGCUUCAUCAGCAGCAGCAGAAGGCGGUUCCGUUGGAUGCUGCGCUGCUAGAGAAGGUGUUGAUGCCUCGAAAACGCCCUGAGGGAGAGGCUUUCUUCAGGCACUCCAUGGCACGUAUAUUGAAGGAACGUGCUCUGCUUCAGAAACAGGACAUUGCUUUCCAGGUGCUCGAUUCCAAGGGUAAGGAGCUGCAGAGCAUUCUGUGGGAGAAACUCUACUUGAAGGCUACCAAGGUGGCUGCAGAUCUCAAACACAGACACCAGAUGAAACCAAACGACACUGCGGUGUUGCUAUAUAAGGAUGGAGAGGUUUGUGAGUUUGCAGUGGCGCUUUUCGGCUGCUUUAUGGCUCGAGUAGCCGCCAUUCCUAUUCAUCAGGACAUUGCACUCCAGGAGAUGUUCGAUGUUAUUUCCUUGACGUCCUCGCUGUUUGUGCUCAUGUCCGAGUCGGUUCAAAAGGAGAUCGAGAGGAUUUCCACCACAAAACAAAAAGUGCUGUGGCCGCCAAAGGUGGUGCGUUUGAGAACCACAGACCUCGGUUCAGCCAAACGCUCAGAUAUAGAAAAUGUGUUUGGCAAGUCGGCACGCAAAGACGAGCAUUUGAUCUCGCAGAACGACUUGGCCUAUUUGGAGUUUUCCAGAUCUCCUGUUGGUGAGCUUCGAGGUAUCGAGUUGAGCCAUAGCACCAUUUUGCAUCAGAUGAACUGUUUAGACAUGUCAUUGCUGAGUCUACCGGACUCUGGUGGCUCUUUGAAACACUCGCUUAGCUCUCCCAGAAAAAGCAAAAGGGUUUUUUUGGCUACCGUCGAUCUACGUAUCUCCAUUGGUCUUAUCGUCGGUAUUAUGUUCACUAUCUACUCCGGCAAUAUGCUUGUCUGGGCUCCUCCGAAAGUCAUGGAGGUACAGGGACUUUACGCACAUAUCAUCUCCAAAACACGGGCCAACUUGUUGCUUGCUGACUUCUUGGGGCUCAAGAGAGUUACCUACGAUUAUCAGCUGUCACCAAACACUACCCGUUACUACUCGAAGACACAGCGAGUGGACUUUUCCACCAUCAAAUGGGUACUCAUUAAUGCGCUUUCGGUCGAUGGUGAGCUCAUAGAGGUUCUUGCAGAACGUUAUCUUAAACCGUUAGGUUGCCAGCAACCACGAAAUGCCAUUAUCCCCAUGCUCACGCUAAGUGAGUACGGUGGUAUGGUAAUCUCGAUGCGGGACUGGAUUGGAGGUGGUGAGAAAUUGGGCUUGGGCUCGACAUUCAAGGCCUCUGAUGAGAACUCCUCGGUCAUGAUUGACAAGGAAGCACUCUCAAGAAACAAAGUCCAGAUAAUUGAAACUGAUGUCGCUGAAAUGGACGAACGAAGCAGUGACUGCUUGAGAAUUGAUUCUUUUGGAUACCCCUUGCCAGACGCUACCUUGGCCGUCGUCAAUCCAGAAUCAUCCACCGUUGUCCAGAAGGGCGAGUUGGGUGAAAUCUGGGUUGACAGUCCCUGCUUGUCGGGAGGCUUUUAUGGACUCAAGAAAGAAUCGAGACAAAUCUUCCACGCAAAGUGUCGUAAUGCGGAUGGUAUCAUGGAACCUGAGUUCCUAAGAACUGGUCUCUUGGGUUUCACUCACAACGGAAAAGUAUACGUCUUGGGCCUCUAUGAGGACAGAAUCAGACAAAGAGUCAGCUGGAUUGACCAAAAAAUGCACAAGAGGCUUAAGCGUGAUCUUUUGGUUGAGAAUGGUACUCGCUACCAUUACGUUUCUCAUCUUCUUGCGACUUUAGCCAGCGAGGUUCGUGAAGUGUACGAUUGUACCAUCUUUGACGUCUUCAUCGGGAAUGAAUACUUGCCUGUGGCAAUUGUUGAAGCCGAAGUGAUACGACGUGUGAUCGAUGAAUCAGAUGCAGCUUCGACAACUGGAGCGAAGAAUAGAGACAAGAUUGACUACACUGCUGCUCCACUCAAUGAGCCUGUUUUGAAUGUGAUUGCUCAAAAAUGCUUUGAUACCCUUAACAAGCAUCACUUUCUCAGGCUCUAUUGUUUGGUGGUGGUCGAUUGCGAUACCCUUCCAAAGAUCAUGAGAAGUGGUGGUUUGGAAAUCGCAAACAUGUUGUGUAAGAAACGAUUCUUCGAAGGGUCGUUGAGGGCAGAGUUUGUCAAGUUCUUUGUGAGACAAUCAAUCAGUAUGAUCCCAUAUGGUGAAGAUGUGCUUGGUGGUAUCUGGUCUCCUUACGCCUCUGAACUCAGAAGUGCUUCCCUUUCGAGAUUCAUGCCUCAACUUUCGACUAUCGACUAUAGGCAAAAAUCGAUCGAUGAUAGGACUGGUGCACCACUUACGGACUUCAAAUCUAUCAUUGACAUUUUGAAGUUCAGAGUCGCUCAAUCAGGUGAUAGUGUUGCAUUUCAAAACAUCGAUCCAAGUGGAAAGAGUAGCCUGAAGCCUUUGACAUGGAAGAAGUUUGAGUUAAGAGUUUAUGCACUCUGCAACCACAUCAUGACUAAGACUACGCUCAAGAGCGGUGAAUAUGUUGUUUUGAUGUACUCGCUUUCAGAGGACUUCAUCGUCGCAGUGUAUGCUUGUUUCUUACUUGGAAUUGUUCCCGUUCCUAUGCUUCCCUUUGACUCGAAUAGAAUCGGUGAGGACUUCCCUGCCUUCGUCGGUGUUGUGAAGGACUUUGACAUCCAUGAGGUAUUUGUCAACGAAGAUGUUGAAAAGUACAUGAAGAAUGGACCAGUGGCUGACGCUCUCAAAAGAAUGAACCACAGAAGACCAAAAGCAUUGAAAGUCAAGAGUACUUCCAAAAUCACCAAGGUUUCAAAUACGGCUUCUUUGAACUCCAAGAUAGCCAAGUACCAAUCUGAAGCUAGAUUCCGUGAUGAAGCCACCACAAGUCUUGUUUGGUUACACUUUACAUCUGACCAUUACAGAAUGGGUGCUUGCUUGAGUCAUAAAAACAUUGUCAGCAUUUGCAAGGUUUUUAAGGAAACUUGUAAUUUGUCCUCGAAAUCAUCCAUCGUUGGUUGUGUCCGUCAUUCAAACGGUAUUGGUUUCGUCCAGGCUUGUCUUCUCGGUGUCUUCUUAGGAACCACAACCUACCUCAGUUCUCCUGUCAAUUUUGCUGAGAAUCCUUUGGCCUUCUUUUUGUCGCUUUCAAAGUACAAGGUUAAGGAUGUGUUUGUUACGGAACAGAUGCUCAAAUAUGCCGUUACCAAGUUCACUCCCAAAGGUUUCAAUUUGUCAUACUUGAAAAACAUGAUGAUAAGUACUGAAAAUCGUGUGGAGAUCGAUUUGCUCAAGAAGAUUGCUAGGGUAUUCCAACCAACAAAGCUCAGUGCUGCUGCUGCAUCAGCUGUCUACACUCACUGCUUCAACCCAAUCAUUUCUACAAGAUGUUACAUGACCGUGGCUCCUGUUGACCUUUAUCUUGACCCUGUUGCAUUGAGACAGGGCUACGUUUCCAUUGUCAACCAGCUUGAGUUCCCCAAUGCUCUUCGGAUUCAAGAUUCAGGAAUGGUUCCAGUUUGCACAGAGAUUGCAAUUGUGAACCCAGAGACCUGUAAGGUUUGUAAGGAAGGUGAAUUUGGAGAAAUCUGGGUUUGUUCUGAGGCUAACGUUACAUCCUUCACUAAUGGGCCUAGAGGACCAGUGGAUACUUUCAGUUCGCGUCAGUUCUUGGGCAAAAUCACAGAUGGCAAUCCUGACAUGACAUACCUCAGAACAGGAGACCUUGGAUUCCUUCACCAAAUCUCCAUCUCGAAGAACACAGUUGGAAAUGCUGGGAAGAAAGAAGAAACCGCCACGUUCCAGCCACUCUUUGUGUUGGGAAAGAUUUCUGAUACGUUUGAGGUCAUGGGUUUGCACCACUUCCCCAUUGAUAUUGAAUCCACUAUCGAGUCAUGCCAUCCAGAAAUUUACAACAAUGGUUCUUGCGUUUUCAAGGCAUCUGACUUCACCAUUGCCAUUUGCGAGGCAAGAAAGAUGAAGAACCUUGCUGCGUUAGUCCCAUUGAUUGUCAAUACCGUAUUCAGCAAGCAUCAUAUCAUCAUUGACAUUGUUGCUUUCAUCAAAAAGGGCGAGUUCCCUAUUUCCAGACUAGCCACCAAGCAGAGAGCCAGAAUAGUGGAUGCUUGGGUGCAAGGCAUCAUUCCAAUAAAGGUUCUGUACGGUAUCAAUUUCGGUGAAAACUCCAUGAUCAAGCUUAUCAAGGAGAUUGACGAAGUGGCCAGAGAUGAUCCAGUGACAGGUCUCAAAAACCCAGCUCAAUCUUAUUACGAUAAUGCGGAUGACGAUAUAUUUGGAGGUAACGGAACCAUGCUUAAUCUCAACACUGAGGGAGAAGUUGACAAUGCCUCGCUUACGCAGGCCUCCAUCAACCAGUCUAUUCAUCAGCCCUCAAUUUACCAGAACUCACUCAACCACAGCUCGCUAAAUCAGGCUUCCAUGUACCAGGGUUCCAUCAAUCAGGGCUCCAUCAAUCACGGCUCAAUUAACCAAGGAUCCACGAGGCAAUCCUUCAGCACUCAGGGCUCCAUACGCUCUGCAGCUGAAUCGGGAUAUUCCCACCACUAA